AUGAAAUAAGAGUAAUAAAUAAUAUAGUAGAAGAGAGAAGAGUUUAGGAAUGAGAUAAGAAAUCAAAGAAAUGAGUAAUAGUUUUAAAGGAAAAGGAUGGUUACAACUAAUGUAGCAUCUAAUUCUCUUCUAUAAAUAUUGUAAUAAACUAAUAUAGAAAAUGAGGAAUCAGCUAAUGCAGCACUUUAAUAAAAUAUUCCUCAAAAGAUUAUUACUUCAUUAUUCAUUUCAGAUGUCAAUUAAAACUAUAUCUAAGAUUUAUUGAGUAAAAAUUUCUUAAAAUUAAUCAGAACAUAAUAGGUUACUUUUGAUAGAAUCACUUUAUUUCUUUAAUACGUUUACAGCAAAUGCAAAUGAAGGAUAAAUAAAAUAAUCAAUCCAACUAAACUUUUUAUCAUAUUUGGUAUCUUUAUAUGCCAAUUUUUGUUAAAUUAUUACAGAAAAUUCAGAUAUAUUUUAUAUAAUAGAUUAUUUAGAUUGUAUAUUUUACAAUUUAAUUCUUUCAAAAAUUGAAUUAUAACCAUAAGAUAAAAAAUAAAUAGUUGAAUGCAUUGAACAAAUUAUUCUUUUAAAUAAAUUUUAAUCGUUUAGUUUAUAAGCUAAAGAAUGUUUGCUUGCCUUAUAUUCUAGACUGAAUUUAAGUUUUGAUAUAACAAAUUCAUUAGUAAUAUGCUCUUAUAUUUUACAUAAUAAUAAUAUUAAAGAACUAAUUUCAAUUGUUGUAAAAUUAAUUAUAAGAAUUUUUUAAUAAUCUAUUAGAGAAAAUAAAAAAGCCUUAGAAUUAUUUAUAGGUUCAAUUAAAAAAUUAAAUAUUACUGAAAAGUUAGUUCAAUUAUCUGAUGAGUAUCCAAAUUAAAUUAUUGAAUAUUUUAAAAACAUAUCAAACCACUAAAGAUAAAUUACUAAUGAGUUACUGACUUUUUAAUACGCAAGUUUAUUAUAUUAAAAAUGGAGAUGCUUUGAUAGGGCUCAAUUUUAUUAAUUUUUAGCUAAUAUCAUUUCAACAUAUAAAAUUAUAUUAACAGGGGUUUUAUAAAAUUAAUAGCUAUUAGAUGAAAUAUUUAUAACAUUACAAACAAAAUAAAAUAAGGAAUCAAAAGAAGCAUUUUAUUUAUUAUGUACAAUUGUAAAAGAGAAUUCUUCUAUCCAUUCCAAUCAUCAUUUCAUGGGAAUACUUAAUUAAUAUUUUGUAAUACUUUUAUAUGAAAUAAGGUCAAUAGCCAUUUAAUAGAAGAAUACAAAUUCUAUUUAAAUCUGAUUUUACAAGACCCAACUUUAUUAAAUUACAAUUGCCCCAACACUGUAAAAACGAAACUUGAGUCAUUAAUCCAAUUCCCUGAGCUUGAAACAUAGGUGCAAAGAAUAUUAAAUGAUGAUUUUUAAAUUAUUUUUUAAUGA